AUGAGCACCGACAGGUGGCCGGAGGACAGCACUGAGGGAGAUGCUGGGAGAACAGCGUGGAAGCCCACGGCCAAAGACGCUUUCAAAGACAUUUCCAUAUACUUCUCCAAGGAAGAAUGGACAGAGAUGGGAGAAUGGGAAAAAAUCCGAUAUAGGAAUGUGAAAAAGAACUAUGAAGCACUGGUCACUCUAGGUCUCAGAGCCCCUCGGCCAGCUUUCAUGUGUCACCGCAGGCAGGCCAUCAAAGCCCAGGUGGGUGACCCUGAGGAUUCUGAUGAAGAAUGGACUCCAAGGCAGCAAGUUAAACCUUCUUGGGUGGCCUUCAGAGUGGAGCACAGUAAACACCAGAAGGUAAUGCCCCCGGUGCCAUUAAGUAAUGAAUCCAGUUUGAAGAAAUUGCCAGGAGCAGCGCAACUGCAGAAGGCAAGUGGCCCUGCGCAGGCCCAGAGCCCAGCGCCCCCUCCCGGAGCAGCAGGCACCUCUGCAUGGCACACUAGACAAAAGCUGGAACGCAGAGCAAAGCAGAUUGAAGUGAAGAUGUAUAGCCUACGAGAAAGAAAGGGCCACGUGUACCAAGAGGUCAGCGAGCCCCAGGAUGACGACUACCUCUAUUGUGAGAAGUGUCAGAACUUCUUCAUUGACAGCUGUGCUGCUCACGGGGCCCCUACAUUUGUAAAGGACAGUGCAGUGGAGAAGGGGCAUCCCAACCGCUCAGCCCUCACUCUGCCCCCUGGAUUAAGUAUCAGACCAUCAGGCAUCCCUGAGGCUGGGCUUGGAGUAUGGAACGAGGCAUCCGAUCUGCCGUUGGGUCUGCACUUUGGCCCCUAUGAGGGCCAGAUCACAGAAGAUGAAGAGGCCGCCAACAGUGGAUACUCCUGGCUGAUCACCAAAGGGAGAAACUGCUACGAGUAUGUGGAUGGAAAGGACACGUCCUGGGCCAACUGGAUGAGGUAUGUGAACUGUGCCCGGGAUGAGGAAGAGCAGAACCUGGUGGCCUUCCAGUAUCACAGGCAGAUCUUCUACCGAACCUGCCGGGUGGUCAGGCCGGGCUGUGAACUGCUGGUCUGGUACGGGGACGAGUACAGCCAGGAGCUCGGCAUCCCGUGGGGCAGCGGGUGGAAGAGCCAGCUCGUGGCGGCGGGCAGAGAAGACAGACAGACCCAAAGCCCAAGAUCCAUCCAUGUGGCUCCUGCUCUCUGGCCUUCUCCAGUCAGAAAAUCCUCAGCCAACACGUGGAAUGCAGUCACCCGUCUCAGGUCCUCCCGAGAACAUCUGCAAGAGACCGCGUCCAGCCAGAGGAUCCCUGCCCAGGCUAUCAAAAUCGGCAGCAGCAAUAUUCUGAUCCACACAGCUGGAGUAACAAACCUGAAUGUCAAGAGGUCAAGGAAAGGUCCAAACCUUUGCUGA